CGUAUAUUCGUUCUAAAAACCCAAAGCCUAAUCUGUUUACAUUUUUCUCUCUCUAAACAUUGCUCUAAAAAACUUCUCUACGAAGCUCUGUCCUUCUCACUCCAUUUCUAUUUCUCUCUCUAUCACCAUUGUUGUGUUUCGCGGAGCUGUCUUCGGUAUCCAUCUCCAUUGAACCCAGCCGAUCUGACCUUAUGAUCUCUAUCGCUUUCUAGCUUUUGAUAUGUAAUGCCGUUUACGUGAAUCAAGCGCGACUCUUCCUUAGAUCCCUCGGACUCGGGCCACUUUGAUUAGAGUACACUCACCACAUUGACCUAGUCGAGUUUAUUCGGCUGAACGAUCUCAACCAAUGGGGGCCGUGCCUUCAACCCCGCGCUGGAGCAGCGCACGGCCACAGGACACGGCGGAGUACCUGAUCGCUACUUUCGUUGGAGAAAAGUCCUUCCCCGUAUCCUCCGAUUUCUGGCAGAAAUUGCUCGAACUCCCUCUAAAUCUUCAAUGGCCGCCUCACCGUGUUCGUCAAGCUUGCGAGCUUUUUGUGCGAAAUAACUAUGAUACAAGACAUCUUGCAAAGAUUCUUAUCCAUCUGGCAUGGUGUUUGCAAGAGUCACUUUCUACUUCUGGUGAACCAUCUGUUGUUUAUGGGAAAGCUCUAAACGCAUUGUACAUUUCAUCUAUCUUUCUAAAGUACUUGAUAGAAAAUGCAAAAACUGAAAGGAUUGAAGAGCUGUAUCUCUCCCUAGAUGAAAGUGAAGCAAUGCCUGCAGAUGUUACGCAAGGACAAACAAUCGAGGACUUUCUUAUGAAUUCUGUGCUUAGGUUCAUUGGUUCAAUAGAUGUGAGUCCCAAUACUUAUGUCCUCCAUUUCGAACUGCUCAACUUCAUGCUGAUUGCAAUGUCGACUCAGCUUCUUUCUGGGCCUUCUCCUGGGCUGAAAGAUGUGAACCCUUUCAUUGAUGCAGCAAUGGCUCAGGAAAGGUCUUUAGUUAUGUUGGUAGUGCGUAGGCUGCUACUCAAUUACAUCACACGCCCUCCCUUGAACAAUGCACGUUAUUCUCUAUUUCCAGAGGAAAGUCAGCCCGGUGGUGUUCUACAAAAAGUGGGUUCUGCAGCUGCAAAUAUUGUAUUGCUACCAUUCAAUUAUCUGGUUAGUUCAAGUGGGGAAGGCUCGAGAAGUCCACUGGCAGACAGCAGUCUUCAUAUUCUACUCAUUCUAAUUCAUUAUCGCAAAUGCAUACUAGGGGAUGAGUUUAUAGUUGACAAAAGUGAUGACACUACUGCAUCAGAUACCAAUUUGAAACAAAAUUCAUGUUUUUCUGAGAAUCCUUUCUGCAAAGCCCUUGAGAAUGCAACAGAUGUUGAAUUUGACCGCUUAGAUACGGAAGCAAAUGUUCCCAAUGGACCAGUUCUGAGGUUACCUUUUGCUUCUCUUUUUGAUACUCUUGGAAUGUGCUUGGCAGAUGAGGCUGCUGUACUGUUGCUUUACUCAUUACUUCAAGGCAACUCUGACUUCCUGGAAUAUGUUUUGGUGCGAACUGAUUUGGAUACAUUGUUGAUGCCUGUUCUGGAAGCUUUAUACAAUGCUCCAAAGAGGUCCUCAAAUCAAAUUUACAUGUUGCUGAUUAUACUUCUCAUGCUCAGUCAAGAUUCUUCUUUUAAUGCAAGCAUUCACAAAUUGAUACUUCUGAGUGUUCCCUGGUAUAAGGAACGCUUACUCCAUCAGACAUCUCUUGGUUCCUUGAUGGUUAUAAUCUUGAUAAGGACUGUGCAGUAUAACCUAUCAAAGCUGCGGGAUGUUUAUCUCCACACUACUUGUUUAGCAACAUUGGCAAACAUGGCACCUCAUGUACACCGCCUGAGUUCAUAUGCAUCACAAAGGCUGGUCAGCCUUUUCGAUAUGCUAUCACGGAAGUAUAACAAAUUGGCUGAACUACGAGAUAAUAGCGGGCAUUUAGUGAAAGAAGAAAAUGGCCUUGCUGAUGAUACGUCAACAGAGAUGCAUAUAUAUACAGACUUUCUGAGACUUGUCCUUGAAAUAUUGAAUGCAAUUUUGACUUAUGCCUUGCCACGAAAUCCUGAGGUAGUAUAUGCAAUAAUGCACAGGCAAGAGGUUUUCCAGCCUUUCAAAACUCACCCUCGCUUCAAUGAGCUCCUUGAAAACAUCUAUACCGUAUUGGACUUUUUCAAUAGUCGCAUGGAUGCCCAGUCAGUGGAUGGAGAAUUGUCAGUAGAAAAAGUCCUCCAAGUUAUUAUUGUGAACUGUCGAUCUUGGCGUGGUGAAGGGAUGAAGAUGUUCACUCAACUUCGCUUCACGUAUGAACAAGAGAGUCGCCCAGAAGAGUUCUUUAUCCCCUAUGUGUGGCAGCUAGUUCUAUCUCGCGGUGCACUCAGUUUUAAUCAUGAAGUCAUAAACUUGUUUCUAGCUGAUCCACCUGAGGAUAGACAAAGCAACUAUGGGAUGGCUCUAGACAAUGAUGUCAACGGUGAGUCGGAGCGAGCCGUUUUCUUAGAUGCCUAGGCAUCUCUGUAGAAUAAAAGAAAGAUGUUUCAUGGUGAAACGUGAAUAUGUAUAUAAAUAUAUUAAAAAAAAAAGGAAAAAAAGGUAGUAGAAAGUUAUAUUCUUAUCAUUCUUUUCUGUUCAUAUAUGAUAUGCCUCUCUCAAUCUUAAAGAUAUAUCUUGAAUGUAUUAAAUAAGAGACGAGCGCAAAUUCCCAAAUUCCAUUGUUAUAAUAUAGUUUCUUAGAGAGAAAUCAAGUUUUGCAACCUCAAUUUUCGGCACUAUUUGUAAGUGCUUCAGUAUCUGUGUGUUCAAAUAAGUAAGCAUUCGAAGAAAGCAUCUACAUGCUAUGAGAAAGCAGCAAGAGUGGCAGGUUAGAAGAAUUCAAUAAAAGUUUUAUGUAUGCAACUUUCUAAACUAUUGAAGGGUUCUGUGGACUUCAUUGUAUCUAUUUUCUAAAAGGUGAAGUGUGUUACGUGUGUACUUGUUUUCAAUUAUUGUCAUAGAUUCCCACUUUUCAAAAAAAAAAAAAAAAGUUAGAGCACCUUUAAUGAUAAUUUAAUGUUAUAUUGCUAAUUUAUAAAAUUACACAAAAUGCUUUACAUCAUUCUUCUGUGUUGUACAAAAGCUUUGAAGCCAAAAUCGAGAAGCGAAAAGCGCUUAGAUAAGGGUCCCGCCCUUGACAUAUUCGGUGAAAGCGAGGGCAAUCAAGCCUAACAUGGCGAACCUGCCGUUCCAAAGCUCAGCGUUAGAGGUCAUAAGCCCACUGGACUUGGACUCCACGCUGACUCCUUUAAACAGUGGAACUAGUGAAGCCAAUGUGAGCACUAUGCUAGUUCCUACGAACCACGACACUCCACCGUUGCUUAUCUGAGAAAAUACAUCUUGACCCUUCGAUAGCUCCACUGCCAUGGCAGCCAUGAACCCAACCAUUGCUAAUCUACCAUUGAUCCUUUCUGGUGCGGGACCACUGAAUGCCAACACGUCUGAGAAACUCGUGCUCACCUGUGUUCCCAACCAAAUGAAAAAACACCCCAUUAAGAUCAAAGUUACAAAACACACGCACACAUGUAUGUUGCUUAAUUGAAUGCUAAGCUACCUUAGGCUUUGGAGGAGGAGAAGGCGUCACUGGCUUUGGUUGUGGUGCUGUUGACUCUGUAAUAGGCGUCAGCGGCUCCUUUUCACCAUCCUGAAAUAUAAUAAGAAAACCAAACAUGUUAAGGCAUUUUUAUAUAUAUGUGGAAAAAUUUAUGUGUAUCGACUUAUGUAUACGUAUACGUACCUCGGCCAUGCAUCUGACAACUCUCAUGGUCAAAUGAGUAUUAUUCCUGUACAAAGUUCUAGACAAAUUUACAGUAGUACUUGGACGAAAGUGGCUGCCGAGCAUUCUAUUUUUGGCAGCUGCAUAUGUGAAUGAGCUAGCUACGACUGACUGCAUGGUGGCUGAUCCGGCCAUUUUUAAUUUACUCGUGGUUUAGAGCACAAAAGAUAAUUUACAGCAAAAACUAACAGCAAAUAACUAGUGUUGUUGUAUAAAAAUGUAGAACGAAUUGUUGAUGUAGAUCAAAGACGUAGAAAUAGCUUAAUGUUUCUCUUUAUGAUUUUGAGAUGU